AUGACGCAGGCCGUCUCGUCCAUUCUUUUCUCGACCCUUUCAUGUCUUCUUGUACUCCUCCUCCUCCACUUCCACAUACAACGGGCGCAUUGCAUCCCUCUCGCUCCCAUUGGGAAUGCAUCGGACUUGGACGCACCACCAUCAUCGUCGCCGCCUCCUAUUGUCGCUGCAGGUCUAGCAGGGGGCUCGGUCUUUCUCUUCCCGACACCUACUGCACAAUCUACUUUGAUAACCGACACGACUGCCUCGCUCGCACAAUCCGCCUCUCAAGGUUCCGCGCCUUCGACGACUAUGGUGGAGGAAUCGAGCACGCUCGCGUCAAAUCUGCCCUCGUCAAUUCAUGAUACUACGACGACCCAGAGCUCUUCGACCGCCGAUUCUACCACGUCGAUGCCCACCACCUCGCCGGAUCCAGACCCAACGCCGGUCCCAUCGCUGACCCCUACGCCAGCCACUGCAUGGGCUGCUCCCGCGACCAUGACGGAUCUGGUUUCAUUCAACGUCACCCAUUUCGCGAGCGGGAAGCAGAAUCUAAAUUUUGUAGACGGGAUUCCUGACAUCGCGUCGGCUUCGGCCUCGGCCUCAGCACUCUCAUCAAUAUCUGCAUCAAGCUCUUUCCCCACGUCUUCGGGAGCCACAAGCACUGCUUUUACAUCUGCUAUCUCUUCUGAAUCUGGGCUGACUUCCGUGCUUGAUUCUCCCGUCGCGACUCCUGUCCCGCUCCCAAGCCCGAGCCCAAACCCCAUCACGAUCCUUAACCUCGCCAAUCUCAACCCAGACCCUAAUUCCAAUCUCACUCUACCUCCCACCCUCUUUCGCCUCAUCUAUCCUGCCCUCUCUAUCAACCCCGGUAACUCGCACGCCCCCAUCGGCGGCGCCGAAUUCUACGCUUCUCCAUUGAAUCUAACGGCCGCACACAACGUUACACUCGACUAUUCCGUCUUUUUCCCCGCCGACUUUGAUUGGGUGAAGGGUGGAAAAUUGCCAGGGCUGUAUGGGGGGCACAAGGGGUGUAGUGGGGGGAACGAUGCGAAGACGUGUUGGAGUACGCGGUUGAUGUGGAGGGAGGGCGGGAAGGGUGAGGUAUAUCUCUACGCUCCGAAGACCCACCAAACCCCUGCCCUCUGUGCUCUCCCGCCCCAAACCGUCUGCGAUGUUACUUACGGCCUGUCCCUUGCACGAGGCUCCUUCCACUUCGCGCGCGGGGCAUGGACGCACGUUCGCCAGACGGUCGUGCUGAACACACCUGGGGCGCAAGACGGUGGGCUGAGGCUGGAGAUUGACGAUACGGUGGUGAUCGACAGAGGGGACGUGUAUUAUCGAAGUAUUCCGUCGCCUGACGAUGGCGAAGGCGACAGUCCCGAGGACGGGGAUGGAGACAACGAUGGAGACAGUGACGAUGCACACGUGCGCACAGGGUCGCAUGGGCCCCCCAAACCGCAGCCGAAUAAGCAGCCAGACUCGAAGCCGAAACCACAACCGAAGCCGACACCCAAACCCAGGCCGCCAUCCGCUCCACCCGACAGCGGCGACGGCGGCGGGCUACUUGGCGGCUUGCUUGGGGGCCUCGGAGAUUUGCUCGGAAGUCGCCGCGUCGGGCUCACGUUUGCGCGAGAUGAGGGUGAUUUAAGGGCUCGCGCGCGCGAUUAUGGGGAUGGAGCUGUCAAUGUGGUACCUUGGAGUGCGCCCGCGCCCGUCAUCAUUGGCGACAAGGAUGCGAGCGAGGCAGAGGUGAUAGAUGCGGGUAUGAGUCUUUCAGCUAAUGGAGACGACGACGGUCAGACAAAUGGGCUGGUUGGGUUCUCUGGUCUAUUUUUCAGGCGCGUAAUCUUCGCGCAUCGUCUCACGGCUGAUUCUCAAAUGAUUUCUUGUGCAACAUGCAGCACUUUCUUCGGAGGUAACGAUGAUGAAUGGGCAUCGCCGCGCGACCAGUUUACCUGGUUCAAAGAAUUUGCGAUGACGAUCAAUGACGGAUUUGAAGAGACAGGAUUGGGUGGCAGAGAUGGCGUUACGUAG